AUGGCCUUGUUGGGAAACCAGACUCUCAUCUCCCACUUCAUCCUCCUGGGCCUCUUCACACACUCACCACUGCAUCUCCUUCUCUUCUCUGUCAUCAUGGUCAUGUUUCUGGUGGCCCUCUCUGGCAAUGGGCUCAUGAUCCUCCUCAUCAACACUGACUCCCGUCUACACAGCCCCAUGUACUUCUUCCUCAGCUGGCUGUCACUCAUGGACCUCAUGCUCAUCUCCACCAUUGUACCACGGAUGGCCAUCGACUAUCUCCUGGGCCAUGGCUCCAUCUCUUUCACAGGCUGUGGGCUCCAGAUCCUCUUCUUCCUCACCCUCCUGGGGGAUGAGUGCUUCCUGCUGGCUUUCAUGGCCUAUGAUCGCUAUGUGGCCAUCAGCAACCCACUGAGGUACUCAGUGAUCAUGAGCCGCCGUGUCUGCUGGCUCAUGGUGGCAGGAUCUUGGCUCUUUGGCCUGGUGGAUGGGCUGAUCCAGGCUAUCUUUACACUACGAUUCCCUUACUGUGGCUCCCAAGAGAUUGACCACUUCUUCUGUGAGGUCCCUGCAGUGCUCAAGCUGGCCUGUGCUGACACCUCCCUCUAUGAGACUAUGAUCUAUGUGUGCUGUGUCCUCAUGCUGCUCCUGCCCUUCUCUGUCAUCUCUGCCUCAUAUCUGAGGAUCCUGAUAACUGUGCUCCGCAUGCAUUCUGCUGAAGGUCGGCAGAAGGCCUUUGCUACCUGUUCCUCUCACAUGGCAGUUGUGUCUCUCUUCUAUGGGGCUGCCAUGAUCACCUACAUGCGGCCUCAGGCCUACCAUUCCUCCAAGCAGGACAAGAGAGCCUCUGCUAGGACACCAGUGGGAGACCGAGCCACCUCCAUCUUCUAUACCAUCCUCACGCCAAUGCUCAACCCACUCAUUUACAGCCUGAGGAACAAGGAGGUAAUGAGGGCUUUGAAGAAGAUGUGGGAGAUGCAGGGGAGAUAG